AUGGCCCAAGGACUAUUUCCGGAGCCUGUUUUGGAAAAACGGCGAUUGACAACGCAACUUGCCACCGAGAUAAAGCAACUUCGCGAUGACAUCGUUGAAUUGGAGAAUUGGACGAGGAGCUCAAGAUACAAUGUCGAUGAUACAGAACUAGAUAUGGGCAAACUUGUGUCAAUAUUGUGUGAAGAUCCCAUCAAGGCAAUGCCCGCAAAGACGAACCCAUAUGAUAUGUCUAUAUCUUCUUUCAUUUCGACGUUGCUUCCAUUUUCUACGAAGUGUUCUCCAAUAACGUCAGAAGAGCAUCCUCCGCCGAAUCCGUUUGCUCUUGAUAAACUUUCUCAAGCUGAACCAUAUCUAACAAUAUUCGCGCCAUUGAAACUCAAAGCAUAUUCAAAUACUUACUGCGGUUCGGAUCCAGACAUGCAUUUGGAAAAACAUAUCCUAGAACUGUCUGCCCCGUGGCCCUUUCCUUCUAGACAACUCCAAUUAUCCAUCCACUACGAAACGGAUCCAGAAACACAGUCUAUACUCUCUAUAUCGGUACCGGUGGACAUUGAAAACAAAGUACCGAUAUAUUUGCGCCAGUGGGUCGAAUUAAGGCUAGCGAACCCCCUCUUGAAGUUGGAUUUAUCGGGUCUAUGCUGGGGCAUAAAUCGGUACUGGGAAGCUUUAAUAUCACGUGCCCAGUUAUGGUCGCGGCUAGAAGGCCAAUAUCAAGGACUGAUCAGAAGUCGUGGGACAACCAGGGAUACUGAUAAGCUAGACGACUUCCAAAACCCCGAUAUGCGCUCUCUCUCGAACAUGAGUCUACGCAAAAUACUACCACACCUUGAGCGUACAUCGAUGCUAUUCGAAUCCAAAGGUGGAGAGUCUCUUCGAGCCUACUUUUCUUGCGAACUAACAAUCGAUGAAUGGGCCUGUGAACCCAGGUUGGUACCGGGAGUCAGUGUGUCUGCGCCGCCCAUGAUGAAUGGCAGGUCGGGAAGCAAGGUGGAACAAGAUGUCAAAAGACUAUUUCACACAAUUUUGAGCGAGAAACAGAGCGGACGAAUAGGCGCAGACCUUGAUAUCAAUACAGAUGCCAUAGUACAUGCUGCCGAGCAUAUUUUGGGUGCCUUGUUCUAUGAUGAGCCUGAAAAACAUGUUUUCAAAGUAAAGGCAAAAAGGUGA